UCUCUCCAGGCGAGCAGAGCAGAGCGGGACUGAGUGAGAGGAGGAGGACAGAGGAGCAGACGUGUGCAGACCAGAGCGCACUAACUCCACAAAGACAAGACAGGAGAAGAGUUUGCAAGGAGAACAUAAGAAAAGAAAAAAAGAGAGAGACAGAGAACAGACAAUUUUUUUGUGUCUUUUUUUUUCCCCAGCAAACUGUGGUGGAUAUCAAACCUUCAUCAAAAGAACAAAAGGGAUUUGUGCGGCAUCACAGCUUGAGAGGAAAAUAUUAGCACUUGUUAUACAUCUGAUUUGUUUUCUACUCACAUUCACCGCAAAUUGAAAUUUAUUCCAGGGGGCUGGUGUGAGGUGUAGCUAGCGGGACUCUUGGAAGCAGAGAAGCAGAGGGAGAAGGUGGACUGAUAGAGAAGUGAGGGUUUUUCUAGAGACGAGGAGACGGCCGUUGUGGUGAAUAUGCCCAUCAGAGGUAGCUGCUUUGAGGCGGGCAUGGGCAGGCUGGCCGGGCAGCCGCUCUGGAUGUGGGUGGUGAUGCUGUCCGCCCUAGUCGUGGGCAACGCCAGCGCCUGCCCAGCCCUGUGUACCUGCAGCGGCACCACAGUGGACUGCCACGGGCUGGCUCUCAAAACCAUGCCAAGGAAUAUCCCCCGCAAUACUGAAAGACUGGAGCUGAAUGGGAAUAACCUCACACGCGUCACCAAGAGUGACUUUGCUGGACUGAAGUACCUCAGAGUUCUGCAGCUGAUGGAGAAUCAGAUCACUGUGAUCGAGCGUGGAGCUUUUGAUGACAUGAAGGAGCUGGAGAGACUGCGACUGAACCGUAAUCAACUGCAGCAGCUUCCUGAGUUGCUCUUUCAGAAGAACCCUGCCCUGUCUCGACUAGAUCUGAGUGAGAACUUCAUCCAGUCCAUCCCCAGAAAAGCAUUCAGAGGAGCUACAGACAUCAAAAACCUCCAGCUGGAUAAAAACCACAUCAGCUGCAUCGAGGAUGGAGCCUUCAGAGCUCUGAGAGGCUUGGAAGUGCUGACGCUGAACAACAACAACAUCAGCGGCAUCCCCGUCUCCAGCUUCAACCACAUGCCCAAACUACGAACUUUCCGUCUCCACUCCAACAAUCUGAACUGCGACUGUCAUCUGGCCUGGUUGGCCCAGUGGCUCAGACAGAGGCCUACAAUCGGUCUGUUCACCCAGUGCACGGGCCCCACUGAGCUCAGAGGACUCAACGUUGCGGAGGUGCAGAAACAUGAAUUCAGCUGCUCAGGACACCAGGAGUCCUCUGGGAUGCAGCCGUGCAGCGUUGGCGGAGGCUCUUGUCCGGCCAUGUGUACCUGCAGCAACAACAUCGUCGACUGCCGAGGGAAAGGCCUCACCGCCAUUCCGGCCAACCUGCCCGACAGCAUGGCAGAAAUACGUCUGGAGCAGAAUGGGAUUAAGUCUGUUCCUCCCGGAGCCUUCUCUCCCUACAAGAAACUGCGUAGGAUAGACCUGAGCAACAACCAGAUCUCCGAGAUAGCUCCUGAUGCCUUCCAGGGCCUGCGCUCCCUCAACUCCCUCGUGCUGUAUGGAAAUAAGAUCACCGAUCUGCCCAAGGGGGUGUUUGAUGGCCUCUACGCCUUGCAACUGUUGUUGCUGAAUGCCAAUAAGAUUCACUGCGUUCGCGCCAACGCCUUCCAGGACCUUCAGAAUCUCUCACUGCUAUCACUCUAUGACAACAAGAUCCAAACCCUCGCCAAGGGCACUUUCACUUCCCUGCGAGCCAUCCAGACCCUUCACCUGGCCCAGAACCCAUUUAUUUGUGACUGCAAUCUGAAGUGGCUGGCAGACUACCUGCGCUCCAACCCAAUCGAGACCAGCGGCGCCCGCUGCGCCAGCCCACGCCGUCUCGCCAACAAACGCAUCGGGCAGAUCAAGAGCAAGAAGUUCCGGUGCUCCGCCAAAGAGCAGUACGUCAUCCCAGGUACAGAAGACACGCGUCUCAACAACGCCUGCAACAGCGACCCGGUUUGUCCUCCAAAGUGCCGCUGCGAGUCCAAUGUGGUGGACUGCUCCAACCUGAAACUCAACAAGAUCCCCGAGCACAUCCCUGUAUCCACCACCGAACUCCGCCUGAACAACAAUGAAAUCACAACUCUGGAGGCAACUGGAGUUUUCAAGAACCUUUCCCAGCUGAAGAAAAUUAACCUCAGCAACAACAAGAUCACGGAGAUCGAGGACGGGGCCUUUGAGGGCGCGUCAUCUGUCAAUGAGCUCCACCUCACAGCCAAUCAGAUCGACUCGGUUCGAAGCGGGAUGUUCCGUGGCCUCGAGGGACUGCGCAUGCUGAUGCUGAGGAACAACAAGAUCAGCUGUGUCCACAAUGACAGUUUCACGGGGCUUCACAACGUCCGCCUGCUGUCUCUUUAUGACAACCAGCUAACCACCAUCGCCCCCGGAGCCUUUGACACUCUGCAGACCCUCUCCACUCUUAACCUCUUGGCCAACUCCUUCAACUGUGACUGUCGGCUGGCCUGGCUCGGGGAUUGGCUGAGGAGCAGGAAGAUCGUGACUGGUAAUCCUCGCUGCCAGCGUCCGGCCUUCCUGAAGGAGAUCCCUCUGCAGGAUGUGGCUCUGCCCGACUUCCGUUGUGAGGAGGGCCAAGAAGAAUCAAGCUGUGUGCCCAGGCCCCAGUGUCCCAGUGAAUGUACUUGCCUGGAGACCGUGGUGCGCUGCAGUAACAAGCACCUCCACACACUGCCUAAAGGCAUCCCCAGAAAUGUGACCGAACUCUAUCUGGACGGAAAUCAAUUCAGCGUUGUGCCAAAGGAACUGUCUACCUUCAAAUACCUGCAGCUGGUAGACCUGAGCAACAACAAGAUCAACUCUCUGACCAACUCGUCCUUCGCCAACAUGAGCCAACUUACCACUCUAAUCCUGAGCUAUAACUCCCUGCGCUGUAUCCCCAAAAUGGCCUUCAGUGGGCUGCACUCUCUUCGCUUGCUGUCUCUCCACGGCAAUGAAAUCUCAGAGCUUCCCGAUGGCAUCUUCAGCGAUGUGGCCUCUCUUUCUCAUUUGGCAAUUGGUGCCAACCCCUUGUACUGUGACUGUCGCCUGCGUUGGCUGUCUGACUGGGUGAAGACUGGGUACAAAGAGCCUGGAAUCGCCCGCUGCGCUGGUCCACAGGGCAUGGAUGGCAAGCUGCUCCUCACAACUCCUGCAAAGAAAUUCGAAUGUGCAGGUGAUGUGGACACUGUAGUGCUGGCUAAGUGCAACCCCUGCCUGUCCAGUCCAUGUCUGAACCAAGGUAUCUGUCACAGCGACCCGGUGGAGAUCUACAGGUGCAGCUGUCCUCCAGGAUUCAAGGGGAAGAACUGUGAGGCAGGACUGAACGCCUGCAUGAGUAACCCCUGCGCCAACGGAGGAACCUGCCGAGUGAAUGACGAUGACGAGGGAAUGUACAGCUGCACGUGUCCACUGGGCUUUGAGGGCCCCACUUGCCAAACCAACAUCGACGACUGCGAGGACAACGACUGCGAGAACGGAGCAACCUGCAUCGAUGGAGUCAACAACUACACUUGUUUUUGUCCCCCCUACUACACUGGGGAGAUGUGUGAAGAACUGGAAGAUGUGUGUGCCCCUGGACGAAGCCCCUGCAAACAUCAGUCUACCUGCCUCAUCUCCUCCAAUGGUCCCAAGUGUGUGUGCUCUCCUGGUUACGUUGGCGAUGACUGCAGUGUAGACUAUAACGACUGCGCGGAGCAUCGCUGUCAGAACGGAGCCAUGUGUGUGGAUGAGCUCAAUGGAUAUUCCUGCAUCUGCCAAGAAGGCUAUGGUGGUCAGCUCUGUGAGGUUCCCCCAUCUCCGCUGUCGCUGUGUGAGCUGGCCGACUGCCAAAACAACGCCCCCUGUGUGGAGCGGGGCGGGCGCGCGCUCUGCCAGUGUCCUCCAGAGUUUGGCGGGCCUCGGUGCGAGAAGCUGGUCAGCGUCAACUUCAUCGACAGGGACUCCUACCUAUUGCUCUCUGACCUCAAGAACUGGCCUCAAGCUAACAUCACGCUGCAGGUGUCAACGGCUGAGGACAAUGGUAUCCUGCUGUACAACGGAGACAACGAUCAUAUUGCAGUGGAGCUCUUCCAAGGUCAUGUCAAAGUUAGCUAUGACCCCGGCAGUCAGCCAGGACAUGCCAUCUACAGUACUGAGACCAUCAACGAUGGCCAGUUCCACACAGUGGAGCUGGUGACCUUUGACCAGAUGGUGAACCUGUCUAUUGAUGGGGGUCUCCCUACCACAAUGGACAGCUUUGGGGCGGUGCGGCCCCUCAACGGGGAGGCUCCGCUAUACGUGGGGGGUAGGGGCCCUCUCCAGAACACACCUCCCUCCUCUGCAGGCAUGCCAGUGGACGUCCACUCGGGUGCUUUCCGUCUCUGGCAGAUCCAGAACGGUUCCAGUUUCCACGGCUGUAUCCAGAACCUGUACAUCAACAAUGAGCUCCAGGACUUCACCAAGACCCAGAUGAAGCCCGGCGUGGUACCGGGCUGCGAGCCCUGCAAGAAGAUCUACUGUGUACAUGGCAUCUGCCAACCUGAUGGGGUCCAAGGACCUGUGUGCCACUGCCAGCCAGGCUGGAGUGGGCCGCAAUGUGACCAGCCUGCUACCAACCCCUGCCAGGGCAGCAAGUGCGUCCAUGGAAAGUGUAUCCCACUGGACACUCAGUCAUACCGCUGCGAGUGUGCGGAGGGUUACCGCGGCGCCCUGUGCAACCAACAAGGGGAGCUGUUUAACCCGUGCCGUCGUCUGUCCUGCAAACACGGUCGCUGCCAGAUCUCUGACACAGGAGACGCAUACUGUCACUGUGAAAGCGGCUACACUGGGGAGCUAUGUGAUGCAGAGUCUGAGUGCCGAGGGGAACCCGUGCGAGACUUCUACCAGGUACAGCGAGGAUACGCAAUCUGCCAGACAACGCGCAUGGUGUCUUGGGUGGAGUGCACAGGAGCAUGUGACACGGGGGCGUGCUGCGCCAGCCAGAGAAUGAAACGCCGGAAAUACACCUUCGAGUGCAGCGAUGGAACCUCCUUCAGUGAAGAAGUGGAAAAAACCAUCAAGUGCGGCUGCGUGGGCUGCAUGUAGCACCGUUCACUCACAUUUCCUGUUGCUGCCUCAGAGCAGAAGAUGGAAAGAAAGGAAGGAAAGAAGGAAGAAAGAGAGAAGACUGGAGCAAAGCAAGGGAGGGAAAGAAAGAAGAGAGAUUAUAAAGAAUAUAUAUAAAACCUCUAUCUAUAUAUUAUGGACAACAACGUUUGUAAAAUAGGACAUUUCCUCCCCUUCCAAGGGUGUGUGACCUACAGUAAAACAGAGAAACCAACAUCAUGCGCAACAAUGUAGACGUGACAACAACGGCAACACCACCAUCGUAUCUGCAACAUUGUUCCACGGGGUCCAGAGAUUGCAAAUGUGUUGCAUUCAGAGCGAGGCAUCCCUCCAAACCAAAUUACCCGGUGUGAAAUCCCCAUCAUUCUGCGAGGCCUCUGACGGCCUAGCCACCACCUACCAUCUUUACUUCAUGGAGGCAGUGGGGUCCACCCUGGCAAAAGCGUGGAAGAAGAGGCAGAAAAGACAAAAAAAGGAGAAAACUGAAGGUGAAGAAGAAGAAGAAGAGACCUGGACUGAUCGACUUGGCAAAGCUAUCUUGAGUUGAGCUUGGCUGGGUUACCUGGACUGGCCUGGAUGAGGUUUGGGUUGAGUUGUUGUUGGUUUGGUUUGGUAGCAAUUUCUCUGCCCGGAUACAGUCAUCCAUCCACACACAUGCACAUGUAGAAGUGAACGGGAAGAAGGAAAAAGUAGGGAUAGAGCGGCACAUAGUCUGGUGCGGACGUCGUGGCUUCGAGGCUAGGUGGUGUGGCGUCACAGCUGUUUGCUGUGAGCUACCGUAACAUAUAAAGUCCAUAAAAGUAGAGACUGCACUGACUAGCAGCACUGAGAACAGUCGUACACCUCUAUGAAGUACAUGACCGCACAUGCAUGGCAUACACACAUUUACACGGUCUUAACACAACGUGAGUGGGCUUGUGUGGUGCAGCUUUUCUAUUCUAUCCGUACAGCGAACCAGUCUGGUGCUGGCAGUGCCCGGUGCUCAUUGUUUCCCCCCCAAGCAUGUACCACCUCAGGGCUCGGGUGAUUUGCAUAACCCCGCCCCCCCGCCCCCCCAUUUUAGCAGGAGGCCCAUUAGCCCUGCUCAUUCUGAUGCCUGCAGUAUUAAACUUGUGCAAACUAUUGCAUGUUCGGAGAAGAGUUUGCCAACAAAUAUGUAGAGCUUCUCAAUAUCAUUAUAAAUGUUAUUACGAAACAAAAAGUUCACAGGAUCAUCUUCAGAUUUUUGUUUUUGUUUUGUUUGAUUUUCUUUUUUGUUCUGUUAUAUUUUGUCUCAUGAUGUAACCUAACCCUUUUAGCUGUCCCCACCCUCCCCAACAACCCUUUAUAUAGAAAUGCUUAACAGAUUCUAAUAUAUAUAUAUAUAUAUUUGUAUUUCAUUUUGGUAUAGUAUUUUUCUAUGUUAAAGAGUAAGUCUGUUUCUAGAAGCUUCGGGACUGGUGGAAAGGCAUUCAGUUGGUUCCCUAGGUGUUUUUAUUUGUUGAUUUCACUUGCUCCAACAAAGGUAAUUAAGUACGUUAAUUGGCCAAAAGAAACGCAGCAGCUGAUUGGCCUUGUUGUAUAGGAGGCAGUAUUGGUCUAGAAAUAUGUUUAAUAUUGUAUAUGUUGUCUUCCAUGUGAAUAUUACAUCUAAUUCAUGAGAGUCUGUGCUCGUUUUUUAUUUAUUUUAUCUUAAAGGCGUUUUUUUUUCUUUUUUUUUCCUGUAGAAAGUGAUAAACAUAAAUGUUGCUGGCAUUCAGAUAUUUUCAAAAAAAAUCUAAAAAGAUGAAAAAAGUAAAAUAAUUAUAUAUUUAAAAAAAAAAAAAAAGUAAUCUGUAAGGUAUUUGUAACAUCACUUAUGGCGACAGUGUUUUCCUGCUCUCCGGCUCGGACAUUUCUCAUCCGCCGCUGAACCAAAAUUAAGAGACAACCCCCUCACCCUCAGUUUUACCACGUGAUUAACUACACUUCUGGUUGUUGUUUUUGUUUUUUUUGCUUUUUUGCUGAAGUGCUGGGUUACAUUUCUAUAAUUUGAAUUAGAGCGCUGUUAGAAAGAAGGUGUUUUCAGUUCAACAGAGUGAAAGUAGUCAAGCUCAACUGAUCAUAAGCUGCUGUCAAGCCAGAAGAAACAGGAUGAAGUUGCCUCUGUGGACAAUGAUCAUGUCAAGGUGUAUCAUCCUCUCUGAUUAGGGCAACUGCGUGAAGCAUCACAUGCCUACUACUGACAGAUAAUAAACCAGAGAGCUCUGGACAUUUUCAGUGUCUGUCAAUCCAUACAACAACAACAACGACAACAACAAAAAAAGAACAAAUGGUGCCAAUUACAAUGAACAGUCAUACCUGAAUGUAUAAAUGUGUAUAGAUAAAUAUGACCUAUGCUUAUUCAUGAAGUGGUAACUUUUAGCUGUUAUUUAGUUUCCAAUGUAAGAUAUAGAAAUCACAUCCUGUUGCAUAAGUGACAGUCCAUCAGGAUGGUGUAAGGCAUUGUCCUCCCUGCAGAUUGUGUUUCUCCAUUUUGCUGAUCUAAAUGUUUAAAGUCUCCUUAUAGUGUGAAAAGCUGCGGACCCAGGUCUCCAGCUUGGUACAAUGUCACACCACCGAGCUCCCACUCAUACUGCUACCCAUGUUAACUUUGUUUUACAUGCUGUUGAUGUGAUCCCAGUGGUGUACAAUGACAUUUAAGAAGAUCUCGUAAAGGAUACUGAUGAACAGUCACUGUAAUACUUAGGCCGCGCGCCUCGUAAAGGUGCACAUUUAGUGACUUUGUUUCCAUGUCUCCUUUCCUUCCUCUGCACUGAUCUGUACUGGACUGGUGCAUUCAACUUCCUGGUAGACAUCUUAGUGGUGCUUGUGCUAUAUUGAGAUGUAAUUCAGUUAUCUGGUCACAGGACUAGAGACACAGAUAUUUUUUUUUCUCCCCUCUCCCCCCCAUCCUAUGAACUAUAUACAUACUUGUUAUUGUGAACAACACAAUGUCUCUGUUGUAUUGAAAUGGUGCAAAAAUUUUAGAAAUCCUCCUGCUUGGGUUCCGUCGAUUUGCUUUUGCGUUACAGGACUGAUGGUGGGAUUGAACUGAAGACUCAAUAAUGCUGAAUGUAUGUAGUGCCACCGACAAAAUGUUUACCAAACCUCCACUCUUUUCAUUAAUUAAACUUAAAUGUGUGUGCUUUUAA